AGGAAUCCGCGCUGAACCCUCGCUGGGCCGUUGAUAUGUUCAUUGUAUGGGAAAUGUGCUGAAUAUCGGUCAGCUAAACACACUAUGAUACAGAGGCCUCAAAACACAAUCUGACAAUAUAACAUAAUGAUAGUCAACGAAAAACUAACGGCACGUCUCCAUGCGCCCAUUGCCACCUAUAUCGGCAAGCCAUGUCAGGCUGCACUGGUCGCUGACAUAACCUGCCACCCUGCCCUGCUCCAGCGAGCUGCGCGCCAUGCUGGACAAGGCGCGCGUGUAUGAGCGUCUACAGCGGCGCCCGUUCCCCACCGGUUGGGAGCCCACAUUCAAGGACCAGCACCACAUCAGCUUCCUGCAGGACUGCGUGGGGCUGUCGCCUAUUCCGCCCGUCUCCGAGCUGUGGCUGCACAACAUGGUCCAGCUGCUUCCGGCGCCGCUGACCCGCAAGUACGGGACAGAGGUGGCGGCGCUCGUGGAGGAGGUGCGGCAGGGCUUCACCGACCGCCUACGGCGUGACCUGGUGGCGCGCACGGUGCCAGACCUGAAGCCCGUGGUGGAGCCGCCCGUACCGCGCGCCAAAGACACCGAACUGCCGUGGGUCGGCUUCUCGCCGUGGUACCAGGCGUUCUUUGAGGCGUGGCAGCGCGUCAACCGCCGGCUCAUGGUCACCCACCACUGCCUGCGGGACGCCCUCCAGCUGUGCCGCUCGGUACUGAGCGACGCGCUCUUCGUCGACUGGACGCAGUUUCAAUUUCCUCGCCAGUUCAGCGUCGACUCCUGGAAGGAGACGCUGACGCAGGAGUGCGAGACGGAGGAGGUGCGGCUGGACCGCACCUGGUACCGCCAGCUGGUGGACAUAUUCGGCGCGGUCACAUCGGCCGGCGGCGGCAAGCUCCACCGGCAGCGUCUGUUCGCCAGCGCCAACACGCUGGCCGCCAACGAGCUCCGAAACGUGCUGAUGCGCACGGUGGAGGCGUACGUCAGCCUGUUCCGCUUCCCGAGCAUGCUGCCUCUGCUGGAGGUGGACCUGAUCCUGGACGGGUGCACUGUCUCCUUCUACCCGCCGUUCACCGAGAUCGAGGAGGCCGCCCUGUUCCCCAUCAACCAGCUGGCCGCCUCGCUGCAGCGGACGCCGCUCAUCGAGGCCUUCAUCCUGGGAGAUGACGCGCACAUGUCCUACAUGACCGUGGACAUACCAGAUGUGUUCCUGGAGGCGGCCCGGCACACAGUCAGCCAGCACGUGCGACACCUAUUCGAGGCGCCGCUGCACCAGAGCCAGCAGCUAGAGUCGGCGUUUUCGGUGCACGAGCGAUGA